AUGGCACGAAUCGAAUCAGCACCACGAAUCGAUCCAGCACCACGGGCUAAAAUAGAUCGGAGAGGCCUCGUUGCCUUGAUGGCACCUGCUCCAACAUCAGCUCCAGCUCCAAAGCAAAGGAAGUCCUCCAAGAGACAUCCCAAACGCAGGAAGGGAAAGACUUUGAUCACAAGGGCAGUCGACAAACUCACUGCCGUUCUCAAGAGGCCACAGUCUACCAAUAUUGAAAAAGCUGAGGCCUGUUUCAAAGUCACGUUUGAAAAGAUGCAAGCAUACGAGCAGGAGCAACAAGGCAGGGGGAAAUGGAACGCCGCUGCGGCGAGGAAACUCGAAGCUAGACUUGGCAAGACCUUUCAUGAGGAUAAAAUGAAAGAAUAUCUUGCUGCUGCGGUUGAGGAGCGUAAUGGGGCGUCUGAUAUUUACUGUGGAGUUCCUCCUAACCAGCCAGAACAUUAUCGGACGCAAUAUUUGCAGAUAGAGGAAUACUGGAAUGAAUACCCUGCAGGCAGGGUAGAUGCAUUCAUUGUUUACAAGUAUGAUAUGCCAAAUGGUCAUAUCAGAUUUGCGUUGGAAAAUGGAACUCAAGUUAAGACUGGGUUUUUGUAUGAUGUUCAUUUUUAUGAUAGAUAUGGAAGUCAGAUAGAGUUGUGA